AGUGGUUCAGGUCUCGUGGAGAGAACGCUUCUGCCUCCGUAGGAUCAAGAUUAUUGCCAAAAUGAAGUUGGCAUUUUUGUUUGUCGUGUGCCUCUGCACUCUGACUUACAGUCUUCCAUUUAAUGGACAAACCAGCGACUCAGUGGGAUCCGACAAAAGUUCAGGGUCGAGUUUCGGACCCAUCCUACUGAAGGAUUCAAACGCCACCACCAACGCAAAAUCGCCAGGGUCAACGCUCAACCCUGCAUCAACCGUUGGAGGAUCAAGCAGUUUUGUCCGAAGAUCCACUGGAGAAGACUCUGCUCCAGUAGCUGGACUCUCACCUUCUGGAGCUGCAUCCUCUACAAGUGGAAGUGCUCCAGCCGACAAAGCUGGAAGCUCAGAUAAAGAUAGAAAGACUCCUGCUGGAACUCCCGCUUCAACUAUUGGAGGAUCAAGCAGCUUUGCCAGAAGAUCCACUGGCGAAGAUGCUGCACCAGCAGCUGGACUCUCACCAUCUGGAGCUGCAUCUUCUGCAAGUGGAAGUGCUACAGCCGACAAAGCUGGAAGCUCAGAUAAAGAUAGCAAGACUCCUGCUGGAACUCCCGCAUCAACCGUAGGAGGAUCAAGCAGCUUUGUCCGAAGAUCCACUGGUGAAGACACUGCACCAGCAGCUGGACUCUCACCAUCUGGAGCUGCAUCUUCUGCAAGUGGAAGUGCUACAGCCGAAAAAGCUGGAAGCUCAGAUAAAGAUAGCAAGACUCCUGCUGGAACUCCCGCAUCAACCGUAGGAGGAUCAAGCAGCUUUGUCCGAAGAUCCACUGGCGAAGACACUGCACCAGCAGCUGGACUCUCACCAUCUGGAGCUGCAUCUUCUGCAAGUGGAAGUGCUACAGCCGACAAAACUGGAAACUCAGAUAAAGAUAACAAGACUCCUUCUGGAACUCCCUCAUCUGCCGUUGGAGGAGCAAGCAGUUUUGUCCGAAGAUCCACUGGAGAAGACACUGCACCAGCAGCUGGACUCUCACCAUCUGGAGCUGCAUCCUCUGCAAGUGGAAGUGCUACAGCCGACAAAGCUGGAAGCUCAGAUAAAGAUAGCAAGACUCCUUCUGGAACUCCCGCAUCAACCGUUGGUGGAUCAAGCAGCUUUGUCCGAAGAUCUACUGGCGAAGACGCUGCACCAGCAGCUGGACUCUCACCAUCUGGAGCUACAUCCUCUGGAAGUGGAAGUGCUACAGCCGACAAAACCGGAAACUCAGAUAAAGAUAGCAAGACUCCUGCUGGAACUCCCGCAUCAACCGUUGGAGGAUCAAGCAGCUUUGUCCGACGAUCCACUGGCGAAGACACAGCACCAGCAACUGGACUAUCAUCAUCUGGAGCUGCAUCCUCUGCAAGUGGAAGUGCUACAGCCGACAAAGCUGGAAGCUCAGAUAAAGAUAGCAAGACUCCUGCUGGAACUCCCUUAUCUGUCGUUGGAGGAACAAGCAGUUUUGUCCGAAGAUCCACUGGAGAAAACACUGCACCAGCAGCUGGAUUCUCACCAUCUGGAGCUGCAUCCUCUGCAAGUGGAAGUGCUACAGCCGACAAAGCUGGAAGCUCAGAUAAAGAUAGCAAGACCACUGUUUCAAAUCCAGCAUCAGAAACUGCACAUGGCACCAGAUUUGUCCGCAGAUCCGCUGGAGAAGAAACUGCAUUGCCAGGAAAGAACUCUACUUUCGGAAACAGUACCUUCGGAAAUGCUACUUCCGGAAACAAUACUUCCAAUGCGACAUCCACAUCUGGAGAAAAUAACUCCACUUCUUUUAAUUCUACUAUUCAUAGCAUCCUAGGUUUCUUCCACCGAACUGGGGAGGAAGCAACAGAUGGAGGAGACGUGAAGGCCAACAAAACGCGGAGAUCAGCCGAAGAUACCGAUGACGCGCAGUCUAAAUUUAAUAGUACAGCUGCAUCUGGCAGUCCUCCAGCAUCCCACUUUGGAUCUGCAAGCAGUUUUGUCCGCAGAUCAGCUGGAGAAGGAACUGCUCCGUCUGGAGCACCAGUAGCUGGACUUUCGCCAUCAGGAGCUGCAUCCCUUCCCACCAAAAAUUAUGACGACGAUGAUUCUGAUGAAGAUGAUAAAGAUAGCCAGCAUUCCGCGGCUUCUCCUGUAUCACAUUCUGGAGCGGCCAGCAGUUUUGUCCGUAGAUCUGCUGGAGAAAAUAAUGCUCCAGUAGCUGGACUAUCAUCAUCUGGAGCUUCAUCUUCUGCCACUGGAAAUGACGACGAUGAUGAUGAUGUUGACCAUGAUGUCUCGGCUGAAGAUAAAAAGGUUCCCGCUGCUCCUUCAGCAUCACAUUCUGGAGCUGCAAGCAGCUUUGUUCGAAGAUCCACUGGAGAAGAUUCUGCAUCAGCUGGAGCACCAGCAGCUGGACUUACCCCGACUGGAGCUGCAUCUUCCGCCACUGGUAACGAUAGUGAUGAUGAUGAUGAUGAUGACACAAACAGCGACAGCAAGCGUCCCGCUGCUUCCUCUUCACCACAUACUGGAGUGGCCAGCAGAUUUGUUCGAAGUUCUACUGGAGAAGAUUCUGCACCAGUAGCCGGACUCACAGCAUCAGGAGCUGCAUCCUCUGCAAGUGGAAGUGCUUCAGCGGUCAAAGCAGGAAGCUCAGACAAAGAUAGCAAGACUCCUGCUGGAAAUCCCGCAUCAACCAUUGGAGGAUCAAGCAGCUUUGUCCGAAGAUCCACUGGAGAAGACACCGCACCAGUAGCUGGACUUUCACCAUCUGGAGCUGCAUCCCCAGCAAGUGGAAGUUCUUCAGCCGACAAAGCUGGAAGCUCAGACAAAGAUAGCAAGGUUCCUGCUGGAAGUUCCACUUCACACAUUGGCGGAUCAAGCAGCUUUGUCCGAAGGUCUACUGGAGAAGACAGCGCAUCAGUGGGAAAGCCUGUAGCAGGACUCUCGCCAUCAGGAGCUACAUCUUCCGCUAAUGGAAGCGAUGAUGAUGAUGAUGACUCAGAUGACGACAGCAAGCGUCCCGCCGCAUUUCCUUCAUCACAAUCUGGAGCAGCAAGCAGCUUUGUCCGAAGAUCCACUGGAGAAGACACUGCACCAGCAGCUGGACUCUCACCAACUGGAGCUGCAUCCUCUGCAAGUGGAAGUGCUUCAGCCGACAAAGCAGGAAGCUCAGACAAAGAUAGCAAGACCCCCGCUGGAAGUUCCACAUCACACAUUGGCGGAUCAAGCAGCUUUGUCCGAAGAUCCACUGGAGAAGACAGCGCAUCAGCGGGAAAACCUGUAGCAGGACUCUCGCCAUCAGGAGCUACAUCUUCCGCUAAUGGAAGCGAUGAUGAUGAUGAUGACUCAGAUGACGACAGCAAGCGUCCCGCCGCAUUUCCUUCAUCACAAUCUGGAGCAGCAAGCAGCUUUGUCCGAAGAUCCACUGGAGAAGACACUGCACCAGCAGCUGGACUCUCACCAACUGGAGCUGCAUCCUCUGCAAGUGGAAGUGCUUCAGCCGGCAAAGAUGGAAACUCAGAUAAAGAUAGCAAGACUCCUACUGGAAGUUCUACUUCACACAUUGGCGGAUCAAGCAGCUUUGUCCGACGAUCGGCCGGAAAUGAUAACAGUUCGCCCGUAACGUCGGUUGGGGGACUUUCACCCUCUGCAGUUGCUUCCUCCAGCACCAACGACGAAGGAUUGAAAGGAGGAUCUAACAGCUCACGCUCUAGCACAUCUGUUGGUGCUUCGCAUUCUAUUGUUCGCAGGUCUGCUCAGUUUGCUUCCUCAAGCGGAGCGUCUCCUUCCGCAGUUGCUUCUUUCGGAACCUCAAGCGCACAGACAGGGGCCACAUCGUCCGCAUCAAAUAGGACCUCGUCAUUCGACUCUUCCAAUAGAGGAACAACGUCGUUUAGUAACUCUCCAUCAAGCCUUGGUUCAUCUUCCUCCCAUCAGGGAGUUGCUGGUUCAUCUCGUUUUGACAGAUCAGCUCAGUUGACCCCUUCAAGCGGAGCAUCUGCAUCUGGUGUGUCUACCUUCGGACGUCCAGUGUCAGUAUCAGCAAGAAACUCAUCAAUUGAGUCAUCGAAUAGAGGAACGGGGACAUUCGGUAGCCCUGCAUCAAGCGUUAACCCUAUUUCAUCCAACUCUGGAGUUGCAAGUUCAUCUCGUUUUGACAGAUCAGCUCAGCUGACUCCAUCAAGCGGAGCAUCCCCAUCUGGUGUUUCUACUUUCGGGAGGCCUGUGUCAGCAUCGGCGAGGAACUCAUCAAUUGAGUCUUCGAACAGGGGAGCGACGUCGUUCGGCAGUUCUACAUCAAACGUCGGCUCUAUUUCAUCCAAACCAGUAGCUUCAAGCACUCCCGUUCGUACAUUCCAACGGAGAUCUGCUCAAGAACAGCCUGGAACUUCUGCAGGGUCAUCCUCUGGAAUUGGACGUCCAUCUGUAGGCGCUUCUGGACAAGGAGCAUCUAUUGGUUUCCAAUCACCUUCUUCGACUUUUGGAAGCCAAGGUUCAUCAGCGAGUAACGCCAAUGGUGGAGCCCAAAGCUCUGAUGGUCGUCCUGCUUCUCCCUUUGGGUCACCUUCAAGCUCAGCUCCUGCACCAUCAGGGCAUUUCGUUCGCAGAUCCGCUGAUGACUCGACAACCAAGGUCCCAACGACCACUGCUCGUUCCGUUUCUGGAGUUGGAGCGGCUGGACUUCCUCCUUCAGCAAUCCAACCAGCAGCUUCAUCUGGAUCAUCAGCAAAGCAAUUUAAUCGGAGAUCAGCGGACGAUUUCAACAGCGGGGAAGAUACAUUUGCACCUGACCAGUUUGGAUCUGGGCAAGUAGCUUCGGAAAGCCAAUUUGGGGCCCCUUCUUUCGGAAGUCAAGAGCCUGAUAGCAUCAAUGCCCCCACUUUCUUUAGUGCCGGUCAGCCUGAUUCGUCAUCAAGCUUUUCUAGCUCUUCCUUCGAUGGCUCAAGCUUCUCUUCUGGAGCGAGAAGCCCUGCCUUCCCAUCCUCGGGUGGCUUCGCUGGCUCAGGAGUGAGCUCUGGUUUUGCCAAGCGGCAAGGCGCAGAGGAGUCCUCAGCAACUGAACAUCCGCCCCUAGAAUCUGACGAUGAAGCUACCAAGUUACGUCGUCGCCAGGAGCUUCAUGAGCUUCGCAAGAAGUACAUUUUUGACCAGAACAAUUCGGGCGGAACUCAGUUAGCUUAUGAUAAACCCGCGCCUCCAAGUGAUUCUUAAUCUUUCUAAUUAUCUAUAACAGUGAAAAUUCCUGAAUUGUUUACUUCUGAACAAUUCAGUUUUUUCUUAUUUCUCUGCAACUUUUGGUUUUCUUUACAAUCCCUUACAUAGUGUGUAGUACCAUACUGCUGAUUUUAAGAUUUCCUAUUUCUAACCAAGCCUAGAGUAUCUGCAUUGUCAAAGCACACGAUUUAAUACAUUUCUACAACUGAUUCGUAAUAUUUUUCUUAAUAUACCCUAUUUUUCUGACUCAAUCUUUUCAUAUUUUUAAAUUAUUGUCUACUGUUCUUCCGUUGUUAUUCUGUUAGAUUACACGAUGAUUUAAUAACAAGAAAAAUAUUAUUGCGAACGAAGUUGCACUUUAUUCAGGAUCUCGGUUUCGGAUCUUCUUUUUUUAGUUAUUAAUAUAUUAAGUAGAAACAACUACAUUUAUUUGUUCCCUUGCCAACUGAAUUAAAGUUGUCUAAAAUUAA